CUCAUCUCUUUCCUUACAGUCUGUCUGGCUGCAUCUGUCCGUCUUUGGUCCUGCUGUGAGCUAUUUAUGAGGGUUCUGAUGAGAGAUGUGUGGGUUGCUAACUGUUAGCAGCGCUGGGCACUAAGAGAGAGAGAAACAGAGGAGGACAGGGAAAGAUGCCGGCCCCCCUCAGGACGAGGAGGGGGGCCUGCAGGUCGGCUGUCCCAUCUCUGUCCACUAUCGCUGAGGAAGAGGAGGGACAGCGGAGACGCAAGAGACCCAGGAGAGGAGGAGGAGGAGGCUCUGACUACCUUCUCAGGGCAGAUGAGAAGUCAUCAUGGAGUCAGCCGGACUCAUCUGCCUCUGGACAGUACACCUACACUAUCCCCAGCCCCACAGAGAUGCACACCAUUACCAAACCAGAGCCUCUCAUGCUGAAGAAUGAUGAACGGCAGAGACUCGCCCGCGAACGCAGGGAGGAGCUGGACAAGCAGAACGCUGUACGGGGCUCCAAGUGGCAGGAAAGAGAGGAAAGAGCCAGGCAGUUUCACGAGAGACAGCUGGAGGAGCGCAAGAAAAGGCUGGAGGAACAGCGGAUGAAGGAGGACAAGAGACGUGCUGCUGUGGAGGAGAAACGACGGCAGAAGCUGGAGGAGGAGAAGGUACGGUAUGAGGCUGUUAUCAGGAGGACAAUGGAGAAGAGUCAAAGAGCCAGGCCCAAGUCAAAUCGCUGGAGUUGGGGUGGAACGCUUUCUGUUAGCGCCUCACACAACAGCGAUGCUGACAGAAGGUCAGUCUCCACUAUGAAUCUGUCCAAACACACAGAUCCGGUCAUUUCCAAACGCCUGUCAUCGUCCUCAGCCACCUUGCUGAAUUCACCAGAUAGAGCCUUACGGAAGCAGACAUCUUUCUCGUCGUCUUGCUUGAUUAAAAAAACACUAUCUAAAUCCCAAAUCUCCAGAGUGAAGACUCCUCAGGACAAAACAGCAGGUAUGCGUCGUAUGCCUCUUACUCCAUGGGAGAACACAGUGAUCAGUCGAUUACAGACACCAACACACUCCUAUCUGGCCAGGAGUCGCAGCGCCAUGUCUUUAUCUGGAGAAGCAGCCUCCUGUCACCCAAUGAGCUCCAUGUCCUUCAAGUCCAUCCAGUCACGCAGCGCCGAACGGCCAAUGAAAGCAGGCCUUAAUAUGGAGAGACCAAUCAGAGCAGGCUUUAUUCCUCCAGACAGCAGCACUCGCAGAAAGACCACUCAGAAUAUCAUGAUUGACAGGAAGGAUAAAGACAAUGUGAGGAAGUCAUGGAGUAACCUGUCGUAUCCCACUCCCAGUCUGAGCCUUUUCACACCUAAGAGAGCUCCUUCACCUGUCGGCCAUCGCAGCAGGGUCACCAAUCCAUCCCCUAAUAGCUCUACUGCUAAACCUCUUCAGAAGACACCAAACCCAAAAAAGUCCAGGUCUCCUCCUCCUCCAGCAUCAAUCCCUCUGUCUCAUAGCAAUCCGUCCUUAUCGCCAGGCAAUCUCAGGCCCAGCAGACCGACAUCCGAGAGUCUGAGAGUUACACCAGAAAGAGAGGCAGCCAAAAAGGAGGACGUAGAACCUCCUAAAACUGAACCAGAAGCUCCAUUAACUACAACAGAGCCUAGUGCUGAAGCUUCUGGAAGUCCUCCAGGAGGCCGUCCCUCUGCAGGCACCACGGAUCCAGAGGAGGCCUCUCGUCUGCUGGCUGAGAAACGACGGCAGGCCAGAGAACAGAGAGAAAGAGAAGAGGAGGAGAAGAGACAGCAGGAAGAGGCUGAAAGGCGCAGCAGGGAAGAAAUUGCCCGCAGGAAGGCAGAAGAGCGAGCGAAGAGAGAGGAGGAGGCACAGCGGCAGGCCGAGGAGAAGAGGAGAAAAGAGGAGGAGGAGAGGCGUUUAGAAGAGGAGAGAGCGCAGAGGGAGAGAGAAGAAGCCGAACGCCUGCAGAAACAAAAAGAGGAAGAGGAGGCUCGCCAGAAAGAAGAAGCUGAGCGUUUACGUCUGGAGAGAGAGAAACACUUUCAGAAAGAGGAGGCUGAGAGAAUGGAGAGGAAGAAACGCCUUGAGGAAAUUAUGAAGCGCACACGCAGGUCUGAUCAGAAAACCACCCCACAGAGAAAUGGAGACGUCAGUCAGCAGAGCGGACAGGAUUCAGGUUCAUUGUCUGCCGGUCCCUCAGUGAGUGUGUCUGACCCUCAGGCUUCUUCAGAGACCUUAGAGACGGUACUAAGCGACAGUAAUGGACACACAGGGCCAAGCUACAUUACACCUGUACUGCCCACGUCAGGUCACAGCAUGUCUGCGCUACUCCGAGAAAACGGCACUGUCAGUGAGGCCUUCGAGCAGGUCAUAGAGGUUCCUCUUGCGAACAAACUGUCCCGUCAAGAUGGAGAUGGAGAAGAGCUGGACAAAGAGGAGGAGGAGAAGAGGAAACAUCCUUUUUUGGCCUUCAGAGAGAAUGGCAGCACACAUAACGUGAGCGAACUGAAUGAGGAGCCGACGCUGUAGAGUUCAGAUGUAUGAACAUUUGUAAUGGUGGAAGUGCGACAUGCAACACAAGAAAGAGAGAUACUAAGAAAAUAAAGUACUUCCCUUCAUCUGAUCACAACCUAAAAUGGCAAACCAAACCAAAUCUCUCUCGGCCGUUCUCUUGAUAUCUGCUUCCGGUUAUCGUUCUCCCCCAAAACUGAAGUGGUUCGUUCCAGAAACCACAUCUUCCAUCACUGGGGGAGAAACCACUGAAGCCACAUCUAAUACUUGAAGAGAAAUAUGCUCUCUUUCGUGGAAGCUCUUGCGAAGUGCUGACCGUAAGGAAUGUGUGACUAUCGAGAAAAUGAUGUGUGUCAUGCCGGCGUCACUUUACAGCAAAAUCCUGUCGUUUUGCCCUCGAUAAGCCAGCAGUUUGAGUUGGCUGAACUCUCUGCUUAGUUUUACGAUUACUGUUUAAAUGAAGAGAGCAUACUUUCUUCCCUCUUUGUAAAGCUUGAACGGAUUAUUGCCUCUAUGCAUUCAUGCAUCUAUGGUCGCUCGUCUCAUUCCACCCCAGUAUACGCAGUUGGAGUGAACGCAAAAUGAUUUGUUUUUUCUAUUAAGUUUGGGUUGUUUGAAUCUCAAAAAAUAACCAACAUAUAUUUAACACAAAGUUAAAUGGAAUACGUGCAUAUUAUUUGUUAAAAUGAAGCAUAUUGUCCUCAAUCAUAAUUAUUAUGGCAUAAAAUGUAGAUACUGUGUAAAUUGUGAAGUGUGUAUAUAUGGAAAGUUACCAAAAUGUUCUACUGCCUUUAAUUUAAUGCUGAUUUAAAAAAUAAAACACCCUUUCACAUUCGAUUUUGUGUUAAAAUAUAUAUAAUUUCUUGGAGAUUCACCCAACUUAUGGUUUUCUAGCCGUGUUGUUUUUGUGUAGCAUUAAUCACAGACAUCCAAAAACAACUUCUAUCAUAGGAACAUACAUGUAUAUGCGAAGUAAUGUCUACUUCAUCAGUAAAUCCCAAACUAAUCAUUGAAAAUCACGAGAGUUUUCAAAAGCUAUAAUAAUAAAAGUAUGCAGAAUCUCUUUAAAUCUGAAAUGCUGCUACCUUUCGUCUUUCCUCUGCCUUAUCAGAUGAAGUGAAGUUUGGGGGGUUUGUUUAAGGGCUGAUUUGUUGUUGUUGAUUUUUGAGAUGUCCUCCUAACACAUUGCUGCACCAUUUAGCCAUUUCCGUUACAGCUCUAUGAAAUGCCAACAUUAAUUAGUCAAAUGGAAAACCAAGUAUCCUAUAUUGGUACCAAGUAUACUAUAUAGCAGUGUUUGUGAACCCUGUUCUUGUAGGCACACCAACGGUACAUAUUUUGGAUGUCUCUCUUAUCUGAUCUGGUUUUUGAGUCUCCUAAAGUUCUGAUGAGUUGAUUUAAGGUGUGUUUGAUUAGGAAGAGGAUGAAAAUGUGUACUGUUGCUGUGCUUUCAGGAACAGGGUUGGGAAACAUUUCUAUAUAGGACAUGUUGUAAAGCUAUUUAUUAGCAUAGGACUGUCUCUGUUUUUGUUGUGAUCAGUUUCGCUGAAUGUACCUUGCAAAAAAAAAAAAAAAAGGAUGAAGCAGCAGCAACAGGGAUCAAUUACAUAUCUCCAAUGAAGAAAUUGGAAAUCUUGAUAUGCAAACUCCUCAUAAAUGUUGCACAGAAUCUCACGUAUGAUGGCGGGUGAAGGUUUCAAACAAGCACAACUUGUUUACUGAGACGUCAGGGCAGAUUUCUCAGUCCAGACUUGUUUAUAGAGCAUUUCUGGUGUUGCACCCAUGUGUCCUUUACCUUACCGACAGCACUGAUUACCACUUUAAAAAAAAAAACAAGAACGAAGCAUUUUUUCCCAAACAAGUCAAUCUAUAUGCAUGUACAAAUGAUGAAAAUCAAUUAAACUUUUUAACUGGAAACCA